AUGAAGGUUCUCGGUCAGAUUUCAGAUCUCGGGAACCAGAAGAUGGCCGUCCCAACAAUGCCUUUGGCAUAUUGUUCCAAGGACCAUCUGGAUAGUUUGUUUCGAUGUUUGUGGUCAUCUCCAGCCUGCAACAUAAGCCAUAGUAGCUGCGCUGCUCCUUGUCAGAGCCAGUGGCAUGACUGUUCUUUCCAGCAGACACAGAAACUUGGUCCGUAUCUGAACUUCUACAAGCGGCUGGUGAGCAAAUAUGACACAAACCUCCCUCCCGGGGCACUCACCUCCCACUACGACUUGCACACGCUUAUGCAGACGAUUCGCUGCCACCCGGACCUGACGCGGGCAGAAUUGGUCGAGACACACCUGGCCGAUCAUGCCGUGUGCAAGUCUGGGGUGGCGACAGAAGAUCGUGAUCGAGCGAUCGACCUUGCCGUUCGGAUUAUGACCAUGGUGAAUUGCCAGCUCCAGAACAGGUCGCUGGGAUAUGUGGAAUACGGAGCCACGUUCCACGGGUGGCCAGCGGAGACCACUUUCUGCGAUUUCAUGCAGAGCUGCUUUCCUUCGCCGUUGCCCGGAGGCCCGACCAGCAGCGACCAGGUCGAAACCGAUGAGACGCUCAUCAAGACGAAUCUGACAGCAGUUCAGGUCAUGAAGACGGCGAAGUUGAGAUUCGAAGCCACCGACGACUUGCGGAAUCAUCUACUGGUUGACCGGAAGCGGCGGACCGUGCAGAUCUUUCACCACGCUGCUUUUCUGAAAGAGAACCUGCGAUGUACACGGGGCCAAGAUCGGAAUGCUACCAUGACGGAGCAGCUGAAGGUAUGCGCAGUACCACGGCAGAUUGCCCUCGAAAUCCUGGAUUCGAUCCAAAAAGUGCUCUUCCGACACUCGGAUGCCAAAUCCCGGGCGAUUUUGCGCUCUUUGAUAUCGAAAGAGAGUUUUGAUCCGGAGUGUCUCCAGUUCGAGUACAGCUCACUACGUGUCCCAGGCGAAGAAGAAGUGCCAUACCGCUACUUCGGAUCUCGAAUGGCAGAGCUGUACGAAGAGGUCGAGAACCCUUCUCCAGAUGGCCUCUUUGAGAAAUGGCUGGAACGGAAAAGCGGUGCCCGAUACGUAAUGCUUGCAACGUUGAUUGGGGUGCUAUUUGCAGUGCUGCUUGGGUUUCUGUCCUUGGCUGUAUCUGUCUAUCAGUCCUACAUCUCAUACCAGGCCUGGAAACACCCUGUGGUCGGGUGA